AUGGAGGCAUCGUCGUCGAAGAUGAGUGGCCUCCAGCAAAUGUUGGAGGAGGAUGAGAUGGACAACCAAGGCGAAGGUUCAGUUCGUCUUUCAUACUUUAAUUUGGUCAUGUUAACUGAAUGGCAUACAGCCUGUGGCGAAGACGAGGUCAUCAUCCCGUCUCUCGCGUUCAACAAAUCCACCGAUUCGUUGGGUGGGCUUUCACAACUUUCGCAGCAAACCAGUUACUCUCAGUUUGGAGAGAACGACAUCACAUCCCUGAUCAUGGAAUACAAUGAACCAGAACCUCCUCCUCCAACCCAACCAAAUGACGAAGACAAUGCCUCUGGCUCUUCCUCUGGGCCCUCGACUACGAGUUUGGGGAAACGCAAGGCUAGCGAGUCGUCUUCCGUGUCCAUCAACGCCGAACGCGAGUCCAAAAUUCCGCGGCCGGUUUCCCGUCCCUCAAUGGACGAUUUCUUCAGCGGAGGUUUUGAGGACAUUAUCUCUCCAGAUGAUUAUACUACACCCAUCCGUCUCUCUGCGCACCAUAGUCUGCAACCUCUCUUCAGGACCCUGGCAUACGGUUCGCAAUACGAAAUUGCGCGUUAUGUUAGCCUCGGGAAAGCGGAGUACAAGACGCUUUUGUUUCCUAACCUAUCCAAACUGGCACAGUAUAAGACCAAUGCCUUAGCCGUCCCCGUCACUGCUAGAAUCAUCUUAAGUGAUGAUGUUGUGGGUGAUGAAGAAGAAGAAGGCGGAGAAUGGAAAGACGCGUUUGCUAGAGAGCAAGCAUCCAAAUCUCCGUGGGCAGAGCUAGAUCGCGAAGAAGAGUCCUUGAAAAAGGACCCAAUGAGUGGUUUAGGUUUUACCAACACCGGUGAAUAUAAGAACUGGUAUGGAGGGAAAGUCUUAUUCCACGGAAAACUUCAAGCACCGAAGACAGCUGGCAAUAAUCCGCCCAGAUUUAAGAUGACGCUGGAACCCGCCGAACUGGAUACCUCUAAUAUGUUUGCCCGCCGUUUUGGCAGCAAGAAUAUCUUCCGACUCAAGCUGACAAAAUAUGUCCUAAACACGAAGCAUACAGACGCGUUGAUGAAUUACCUGUGCCGGCCUUUGAUUCUCUGUGGCAGUGUUUUUCGAGCCUUUUAUUCCAAGGAGACGAAUGUUUUUUAUAUCAAAACAAACGAAUAUACGGACGGGGAGAAAAUUAUUACCGGCAAAACUGUUGAGGGCACCAUGUCGUUACUCGAAUUCCUUGAGUGGCAUAACCCCAUGGCAUAUAACAAUGGUCAGACAAUGGCGAAAUAUGUUUCCAGGUUUGCACUUGGCUUGUCAAACUCAGUACCUGGGAUCGUUGUCAAUCAAAGUAAUAUACACUUUAUCGAUGACAUUAUCGCCUCUAGUACCAAGUCAAAUAUGACUGACGGUGCGGGAAAAAUUAACCGCUGGUCGCUAAUGCAAAUUCGCCACCGUCUGAACUGGGAAGAUAAACCUACGGCUAUUCAGAUACGCAUUUUUGGUACAAAGGGUCUUUUAAUCGACGAUGGAAUUAAUGCUAGUGAAGAAGCCUGUGUUCAAGUCACUCCUUCACAAAGGAAAAUUCAGUUCCCGGAAGGCCGGCCAGUAGACCUGGCCCAUCGAAUAGUGGACGUGCUCCGCGCGUCUCACACCAAAGCACCGUGCCGUUUAUCUGUCGAAACCAUUAUAUGCCUUGCGGAAAAUGGAGUCCCGAAGAGUGCAUUUCUUGCGCUCCUUCAGAAAGCCCUGGUUGAACUGGUUGAACCGCUUCUAAAAUGGGAUACUGUCGAGGAUAUGCGUACUCUGUGGACCAAUGUCCGACGACUUGGGGGUGUAAUGGCUGCCCGGAGAGCACGAGAAGAAGCUGGUCUUGCUCGUGUGAAAGGAUACUCUGAUCGGAAUGUAGAUGAAGACCCAGAUGACGAUGAGGGCAUUGAUAACAGUCCCUCAGACAAGGAGUCUGUGGCAUGGUGGGCGGAUGAAGUCAGUGGCUGUCCUUCUUCUCUUGAAGAGACAGUUAUGUGUAUGCUGGACGCGGGGUUUACACCACAAGACAAUCCAGUGCUGCGUGACAAAUUGUAUAGAUUCAUCAAAGGGCGCGUGGGUUACUACAUCAAAGGGUAUCGAAUCGACGUACCAAUGUCUGCAACUGCAUUCAUUGUCCCAGACACAUACGGGAUUCUUGAACCUGGCGAAAUUUUCUUCAAAAGCUCUCGUCGAGCAUUCUUAAAUCCCGAUGGAUCGUCGACCGACGUGGUUGUUGGAAAAGUUCUUCUCACUCGUCAUCCAUGCAAACUUCCGACUGAUAUCCAAAAGAUGGAUGCUGUGGAUAGACCGGGACUCCAUCACCUCACAGAUGUAAUUGUUAUGUCUACGAAAGGCGACAGGCGAGCAGCGGAUCUUCUAUCUGGAGGUGAUUAUGAUGGCGACAAAGGAACUUUUAUUUACCAACCUGAACUUGUGGAGCCCUUCAAAAACGCGUCUUUGCGGUAUUCGGAGCCACCUAAAAACAUCAACAAGUAUUUUGUUGCUGAGAAUAUGGAAGUCACGACAUUCCAGGAGCAAACUUCGGGGCUUGAUGACACGGAGAAAAUUCGUCGAUUCCAGGAGUACUUAUUGGGCUCUGUACGCAAUAUGAGUGUGGUCGGAAAAUAUUCAACUUUUCAUGAUAUAUCAACGUAUACUCAAGGGUAUUCUCAUCCGGACACAAUACGACUGGCUUAUAUGUUUUGUAUGACGCUCGAUGGAAUUAAAACUGGCAUGAGAGUCCUUCCAGAUGUUCUAGCACAGGAUAUGAAAAAUUUCAACAAACGUGCACCGCGAUGGAAAGAAACGGACGAAGAACGAACGCGACUUGCCAAUCUAAACGAAGUACAUGCCAAACGCCCACAACAUUUGUCUCGCUUCAUCAUGGAUGAUUUAUACAGACAGGCAGAGGAUGAAGGCAAAAAAUGGUACCCCCGGUUGGAAAAGGCAUUUUGUGAACGUCCCGUCAAAAUUGAUGAAGAUUUAGCUGCGCCAUGGCGACUUGCUUUGGAAAUGGCGACACGAUGGAUGAAAGAUGAAAGCAACUCUCGAAUGGCUAAUGAUCUUGAGAGGAUUAAAUAUCACGUUGAGGUGGUAUACAACGAACAUCGUGGCGAGAUGGGAUCGCCGAAGAAGCCCACUAAAACUCCAAAGAAAAGUAGCGGCAGCGGGUCUUCGUUCAGCGAAUUGCCCAUUGAAGUGCGCCAGAACAAAAUAAGAGAGUUGUCGCAAAAGUUCAACUCUCGUCCGACCAAAGAUGAACUUUUCAUGGCUGAAGAGGAAAUUGCCCGUCUACGAGCGUCCUAUGCGUAUGUAUAUGAUUUCGAGAUGCGGCGGGGGUUAAAUGGCUUCACUCGAUUUCCAUUCGACAUGGCCAUGCGAGAGCUCUGUCUGAUAAAAUCGCGGGCAAUAGGGCGCAUGAAAGCCGUCACUGGAGAUUUCUACGACCAUUUCAACAUGAAACACCCGAAGCAACACCACCACUGA